AUGUGUUCCACAACACCAGCGCUCAGAUCAGCCGCCUCUGCGGCCGAGAACCUUCGGUCUAGAGCUGGUGCAGGUGCCAAAGACGAAAGCACAGAGCAGCUGGACCGUCGGCAUCCUCUUUAUCUGGGAGACUGGCUCCGGUCUAUUCCAGGAAAGGACGACGACAUUGCCAAGGAUGACCUUGACGAACCGCAUAUUAAGCGAAAGCUUGCCAUUCUGGAGAGCCACCCCGAAAUAAAAACACUAUAUGGCUACGAACCGCUUACAAAGUGGAUUGCCUUGCUGACCGCUUCCAUCCAAGUGGCCCUUGCGUACUAUUUCGGGCGCGUGGCGACCGACUCCUUGUGGGGAAUGCUUGCGUGCACGUAUAUUGUUGGUGGGUCCUUGACACAGGUCUAUGGUGUAAUCAUUCAUGAAGCAACCCAUGGUCUGUGUGGGGAAGGAAUGGCUAUCAAUCGUGCGGUAGGGCUCGUGGCCAACAUUGGCAUCCCGUUCCCCAUCUAUGCCUCCUUCCGCCGGUAUCACCUGGAGCACCACGCCUACCAAGGCGUCAUUGGCCAUGAUCCGGACCUUCCCCUUGAUUGGGAAGUGAAACUGAUCAGAGGCAAUCCGCUCUUGAAGUUCGUCUUUCUCUUCUUUUACCCGAUGAUGUACGUAGUGAGAGGGGCAGCAAUGCAAAAGCGGCCAUCUAGAUGGGAACUGUAUAACUGGGUGUUCACUAUCACGACGGAUGCCCUUGUCUGGAUCUACUGUGGACCAAGGGGUUUCUUGUAUCUGUUCCUAUCCUUAUGGUUUGGCUACGGCAUUCACCCUGCCGCGGCUCACUUUAUUCAAGAGCACUUCACUUUUGACGAUGGACAAGAGACUUACUCCUACUAUGGAAGCUUGAAUUACCUAUUCAUGAACAUUGGAUAUCAUAACGAACAUCAUGAUUUUACCAAGGUACCAUGGAGUAAUCUACGGAAAGUCCGGGAUGUUGCACCCGAAUUCUACAACACUUUAGCCUAUCACACGUCGUGGGUAAUGGUGCUGGUCCGGUUUAUACUGUCCAAGGACAUUGGACCUCAGUCUCGGGUUGGGAGAGACUAUGAGGAUCAUCGGAAAGGGCGUAAGAUGGUGGUUGACCGCAAGAUUGCUGCUUUGUCGGCGGCUGCAAAGUCAAGACAAUGA